AUGACCAAACAAAUCUUCGUCAUCACUGGUGGAAAUGUCGGCAUCGGUUUCGAAUGCGCAAAGAACCUGAUCUCCUCUCAGGCCAACGUCCAUAUUGUCCUUGGUUGCAGGGACAGUGCUCGUGCCGCCGUUGGCGUCAAGAAUCUGACCGCCCUAGCUACUGGCGAUAACACUGUCGAGUCGAAACCACUCGACCUCGCCUCCUUCAAGUCCACCCGUGCCUUUGCUGAGGACAUCAAGGCAUCCUUCCCUAAUGGUAUCCACGCUCUCAUCCUGAACGCUGGUGUCAUGGCUACCUCGCUUCGCCUCACAGAGGACAAGCGCGAGACCAACAUGCAGGUCAACCACCUGUCCCAAUUCCUGUUAGCCCAACUUCUUUUGCCUUCUUUGACGGCAGGACAUGCUGCCAGACCAGAAGAACCCUCUACCAUUGUGUUCGUCUCGUCGUCGCUGCACAAGCCUGGCGUCGGCAAGGGCAAGGGUCCUAUCCUGACCAUGGAGACCGUCGAUGGCGACAAAGACUUUGAUGGCAUGGUUGCCUACCGCAACUCCAAGUUGAACCAAGCCCUCUGCACGUAUGUCUUGGCUGCCUCUGUCGACAGCAAAGUUAUUACUGUAAACGCUGUCUGCCCAGGGUUCGUUCCCACUACAGACUUGAAGCGCGAGUCUGGUUUUGCCACCCGAGUGCUGAUGAACAAUGUCCUCGCCAAGGCCAGCUUCGCCACGUCCGUGGAAGAAGGUGGACUCCGUGUCUUCAAGACCGCCACUGGAGAGAACAGACUCAAGAACGGCAUCUAUUUCAUGGACGGUGUCGAGAACGAGUCGAGCGAGGAGAGCAGAGAUCCUGCCAAGCAGAAGCUGUGGUGGAACUGGAGCUGCGAGGUCACUGGCCUCGAAUCUCUUUCGCAAAAAUAA